AUGGGAUUUAAAUUUCUCUCCAAGAUAGCAGUGGCACUCGGCAUAGCUUUAGUUAUCGUAGUACUUUUGGAAUUUGUUUUGUUAAUUUCUUAUGUAAAGGAAACCGAUGCAGAUAUUUUACCAAACGCUGAAGAGUCAUCAAUUAGUUACGAUGGUAUUAAUAAUCAUGUCACGACAGUUCACGAAGCAGUCCCAUCGAAAAGAAAAUCAGAACCUGAAAGGGAACAGAUCAACUAUAAACCGACUAAAAGGUAAAGAUCACAAUGAGGGAUUUUAGAAAUUAAGAAAAAAAAUUAACUUCACAAACCAAACUCCUCUAAGUUUUUUUUUUUUUGCGUUGAGCCAGGUUUGAUGUCGGGUAAAGCUGAGUUGUUUAUUUGGUACAGUUCAGUGAAUAUAGGAUGCUGCUUACUAAAUUUACUCGAUGUAAUCUGGUUCGCUUCUUCGCUGAACUCCAGCUUGAAAAGAAAAGUAAAUCUUUGUCAUCAAGGUUUUUUUAUCUAAAACUAAGAAGUAUGCAUACAGUUUGGCCAAGAACUUACAGACAGCAAGCUUUCUAAACCCUUUACUCCCUAAACAUCGGCAUGCGUAUUCUCCUUAUACUGCUCUCUAUAAAUUUCCUAAAGAGCUGAUAGGGAGAAUUUGUUUAACAAUCAAGAGCUUUAAUAGGUGACGAUUUCCUUUAUUCUCAUGACUGUAAUGUUUGAUUGAAGGGUGAUAUGUUAGGGAGAAAUAAGAUGUUGGUCACUGAUAGGAGUUAAAUGGUUAAAUAUUUUGUAUUUUCUCCACAGAAUAUUCACCUCACUCUCUUCUAAUAUCCAUGUAAGUUCUGUGAUUUGUGGAGAGCGGUCUGUGGAAGCAACAACAAUGCUCAAGUCAACCACUUUAUUCACAAAUAGAACUAUACAGUUUCAUGUUGUUGCAGAAGAUAACCUUCAUGCUGAAUUAAAAAACAUUUUCAUGGAAUGGUCCUCUGUUAAAUCUGGUCAAGUCUUAUUAAAACUUUACUCUUUACACUUUCCUCCUGGAGAAAAUGUUGAGGUGUGGAAACGACUUUUCAAGCCAUGUGCAGCGCAAAGAUUAUUUCUUCUGGUAAGUAUGUUUUUCAACCCUAUCAGCAAACUCUUUAUUUUGAGUAGCAAGUGAGAUUGCUGAAGCAAAGAUUUUCCCUGCAGCUCACUCACUUUACUUUCUCAUACCUUUUCAAGUCAAACAAUUGAGCCAAGGGAAAAAAAGAUAUGAAACCAAAAAUUCAUAGAUUCCUUCACUGAGGCGAACACAAAAUCCUGAAUAACAUUUCUAACAAAUUUCCUCACAUCAAGGAAAGAUAUGCUGCCUUUUCCUCUUUUUUCAUGUUUUUUUUUCUUUUUUACUUUCCCCAGGAUGUUUUGCAUUCUGUUGAUAGUGUCCUGUAUUUAGACACUGAUGUUCUCAUGCUCAGACCAGUGGAAAAUCUUUGGGACCAUUUUAACCAUUUUGAUGAUAAACAGCUUGCCUCAAUGGCUCCAGAGGGUGAAGAAAAAGCACUCUCCUGGUAUCCAAGGUUUGCUCGUCAUCCUUUUUAUGGGAAAAAUGGAAUGAACUCUGGAGUAAUGCUCAUGAACUUGACACGAAUGCGGGGAUUUGACUGGACAAAAAAGAUUCUAGAAGCAUACCAUAAGUACAAACUCAGCAUAACAUGGGGAGACCAAGAUCUCUUGAAUAUUGUCUUCCAUGAUCACCCUGGUAAAUACUUCAUUUUAUUGGUACUACAUGACUGUUUUAAUCCUUUAACUCCCAUACCUGACCAUAACAAUGUUUUUCCUUCAAUAUCACUACCGUACAGUGGAACCUUGAUUUAACAAACCUCUAUAUAACAAAAUCCUCAGUGUAAUGAAUGAUGCUCUUCAGCCCGGCCAAAGUUAUUGUAAAAUGUAUAGGAAAGAACCUUGGUAUAAUGAACCUCGAUAUAACAAAAUCCUUGUUACAAUGAACACAAUCCAGAAGCCCAAACAUAUAACAUAUCCCAAAUGUCAACAAACAAAUGUCAACAUGUGUCUUUUCAAAUGUGAGCAGACCAACAAGAACCAAAAUCUGUCAUUGUUUCUCUGUUUGCCAGUGUCACUUCCACAGAAAUUUGUCUUCCUUGCUUUAAAACAAGGUGCUGUAGCUAUGAACAGACCUGUACAGUGUACUGAAGCUUCAUAUAGACAUUAAAGCACAAAUGUUAUUUACAGUAACUGUUCCAAUCCCAAAGUGCUGGGUGGUGUGACGUCACACCACAAAAAAAAAAAUAUUAAAAAAAAUAACAAUAAUGAAAAAUAAUAAUUAUUAACCAGCCCUCAAUAUCACAAUCAAUUUGGUUAUUUUUCCACAAAUUCGUUAAAUUGAGGUUUUUGACAUAACAAAUCCUUGAUAUAAUGAACCAAUUUCCCCAGUCCCUUGGCACUUUGUUAAAUCAAGGUUCCACGGUAUUGAGCAGACAGGUGAUGAGGGUUUAUAAAAAUAGCAUUAGGGGAUUAUUAGUUGAUCCAAUACCAAAUUCUUAGAACUAUAUCUUAAGAAUUCUUUGGUAAACAGUAAUGAAUUAAAAUAACUUAAUGAAUGAGAUCUUUGUAUUGAAAGGGUUAGGGAAAAUAGCUUUUAUGGUGUAGUCAAAGUUUAGUUAUGUUUUAGUUAAUUUAUUCAAUAUAAUGAAGUUUUUGAAAACAAAUUUGUUCAGUUGUCCAAAGUUAGUAUGAUAAUAAGACAGUGAAGACACAAAAUCUGAUGUUGAUUGAUGGGUUAAUAACUUUUCCAACAAAUACAGAGUGUUGCAGGCAAACUCAUGCUUUAAAGCUCCAUAAUGACUGUUUUCAUCAUCUACCACCUCCAUCAAAAUUCAGUUUUAAAACACCUUUGAACUUUUCAGUGUUUAAUAACAUAACCCUUCAACUCCAAAGAUCUGAUAGUUAAUUCACCCUUCUAGUUACUACACAUUCCCUAGGAAAUUAAUUGUGAGAAAUUUGGUGUUAGAUCAAGAUGAAAACUUGUUAAGGUUGAGCCACUUUUUAUUUAGGUGGUAGGAUGUUUCUCCACUUGCUUUAUUUACACAAUCCACCCACCACUGCAUUUGUUGAUAAAAACCUUGAAAUUCUCUUUCCGCAGAGUUACUAUACACAUAUACAUGUGAUUGGAACUAUCGCCCAGACCACUGCAUGUAUGGAAACAACUGUGGGCCAGCCAGCAACAAAGGCAUUUCAGUAGUUCAUGGUAACAGAGGGGUAUACCACAAUGACAAGCAACCAUUCUUUAAAGCAAUUUACAUGGCCAUGAAAGACUUUAAACCUGGUGAUGACAGAAAAUUGCUGCUGAAGAGUUUGGAAGGAAAUUUGAAUGCUGUGUCUGACCCUUACUGUGGAGCUAUGACUGAAAGUAUUCUAAAAUAUCCCAGACUUUUUUUAGAUUGAGUAUUUCUUUCACAAGACUAUAAAGUUUCAAAAUAAAAAUGUCUUUUGAUUAUUUUAUGGCAGUGCUAUGAGAACUCUCUGCAAUUUACUUCGACCCCUUCACCCAGAAAAUCUCAUUAUAAAUUCUCAGCAC